AUGUCCACUAACAAGGCCGAGACUCGCUCGUUGAUGAAGAUGCUAAAGAAGGAUGUGAUUGAGCAGCUCUUAGCGGAAAGGAAAAGAAGUGAGCAAAAGGACAAGCAACUGGCGAAGCUACAUAUUACAAUUCAAGAGAAGGAUAAAAUGCGCGAGGAGGAAGUCAAGCUAUAUUACCAAAUGGAAGAGGAGAUUACCAGUCAGAAAUUAUUGCAAGAGCAGUUGUUGUUCGAGUCCAAGGAGGAAAUAAAUGAGCAGCUAAAGAAGAUUGCCAUCGAAAAUUCUUGCUGCAUAUGCCUGGAUCCUUGGGAAGCGAAGGAUCAUCACCGCUUGGUUUCGCUUAAGUGUGGUCACCUUUUUGGGGAGAUGUGCAUCCGGACCCACUUGAAGCAUGCCAAAAUGUGCCCAAUAUGCCGAAAAAUAGCUAUUGAAAGAGACGUCCGGCAUGUGUUAUUAAACACGCCUUAAAAUUAUUUCCUAUAAAUACGAUCUUAUACCUUUUAUACAAUUAAUAAAGAGCGUUGAUAAGCUCGAUCGAUUUAACCGAUAAACAUAAA